AGCGCGACGGCGAGGCCGCGGCCUUGCGGGCGGCGCGGGCGGCGCUGGAGGCGGAGCGGCGCGCGGCGCGGGGCCGGUGCGAGCAGCUCCAGGCGGAGGUGCACGCCCGCACCUCCGAGGUCCAGGCCAUGGAGGACGGCCACGGGCGGCUGGAGAGCGAGAUCGCUUCGCACGGGCUCGAGCUCGGCGAGGUGGCCGCCGCCCUGUCCCUGACGGAGGAGCACGCCGAGUCGAGGGGCGAGGAGCUGAGUGAGGUGCGCCAGCACCUGGCCGCGAUCCAGGACGCCAUGGACGAGGUGAACGGCGAGCUCGCUGGGCAUUGCCGCCGCGCGCAGCGGGCCGAGGCCUCCCUGCGCCGCUGCGGCGACCUCGGCGAGCAGGCGUGCGCCGUGCGCGGCAUGCUGCGGGAGUCCCACGCUGCCCUGGCGCAGCUGCUCGGCUUGCUGGAGCAGGCGCGCGCGCGCCGCGAGGGGUACGUGCAGGGCCUCGAGCAGCAGCGCGCGAGGGCGGAGCUGCUGCUGCGGCUGCUGCACCACUUCCGCGGCAGGGCCCAGCUCGAGCUGGCGCUCCCGGCCACACCCGGCACCGCCGUCGGGGACGCCGCGAGCAGCGCUGGGCCCGCGCCGGGCUCUGCUGGCGACCCCGCGGGCCGUGGCCGCUGUGCCGCCGGGCCCGCGUGCGGGCCACCGGCUGCGUCGGGCCCGCCAUGGCCCGUGCCGGGCGCCGCCGUCGGGGGCCCCGCGAGCAGCGCCCCCAGAUCUCCGGCGGUGCGAUUUUUCCAGGCCCGGCGGCGCUGCUCGACUCCGACUUCCCCGGAGAUCCCGGACGCUUGUGAAGAUGUCUGAGGGGCUCGCAGGCUCGAGAGAGGAGCUUCUCAGGAGCUUCUAAGGAAGCUUCGAAGGAGCUGCGGAAAGGCUUCUGGCACGCGCAUGGGG